UUAUAUUUUUGUAGCAUUGGUCGCUCAACUAGCCUAUCAUGUUUUCCAAAUAAAAAAUAGAUAAUAAGACUCCAUUGUCUGAAAAAGGCUGAACGUAUAAGGGAAAUAUCUUAUACUACAGUACUAUUGGAAUUAUUUAAACACUAUAAAAAUCACUAUGAUGCGGUCAAUUCGAAAUAGUUUUCGAAGGAAGAAGAAACCAAAAGUUCCAGAAAGUACUCAACCACCUGAAUGGCAACAGGAUGAAAAAUCUGUACAGACUGGAACUUGUAAAUUUCAUGUUAUGUAUCUUGGAUGUAUUGAGGUUCAAGACUCAAGAGGAAUGCAAGUUUGUGAACAAGCAGUGAAAAGUCUAAAAGCGGAUCUGAGAAAACACCGUACAGCAAGAAUGUUCGGACGGGGUAAAAAGAAAAAGAUCAAGGCAAUAUUAUACGUCUCGCCUGAAGCAUUAAGAGUUGUUGAAGAUUCCAGCAAGGCAUUGUUACUUGAUCAGACAAUUGAAAAAGUAUCAUUUUGUGCUCCGGAUCGUAACUAUAAUCAUGCUUUUUCAUAUAUUUGUCGAGAUGGUACAACAAGAAGAUGGAUCUGCCAUUCGUUUUUUGCAAUAAAAGAUUCGGGUGAACGGCUCAGCCAUGCUGUCGGCUGUGCGUUUGCUGCAUGUUUGGAAAAGAAACAAAAGAGAGAGAGGGAGACAAUUGGUGUAACAGCAAGAUACGAUAACAACAGAACCAUGUUUACAAGGGAGGGUUCAUUCAGACCUAAAAUGCAAACUGAUAUUGAUCAGGAAAACAAGACCUUGGCAAUUAUAAAAUCUACCACUGAAGUACCAGCUGAUGUUCACACGUCAGCUGCAGUUCCUAGACCACAUGCUCCAUUGCAUCUCGUCAGACAAGCAUCGUUAAGAAAUUUUAGUAACAAGAAGAAAUUUAUGGAUGGAGAUUUGAAUUCACCAUUCAAAAGAAAUCUUUCAUUGAGAGUGAAUGAACUUCCUUCCACCAUAAAUCGACAACAAGUUAUGAAUCCAGUGCCAGAAGUCGAGACUGAAAUGGAUAUUGAAGCUCAUCUUCCUCAUGCAAAUACAUUUAGUAAUGGUGAUGAUCCGUUCACAAAAGCUCCUCCAAUGUCAAAACCUGCUGUUAGACCAACAAAUCUCAAUGGUUUCGGGGAACAUCCAACCACAAACGGAGGUUUGUUCACCAGCGGAAUAAAUAAUGAUCUUAAGGCAAUGAAUAUGACAACGACAACGCAAUCUCCAGUAAGGGAAACAAAUCCUUGGGCAAGCGAAGUCACUCAACAACAACAAAACGUUGCUCAUAAACGUACACCAUCGCAAGCAGAUCAAUGGCUUUCAGGACUGGAAAGCCAGGCCAAAAAUCAGCAACCAUUUAAUACGCCCCAACCUAUGUACAACCCUAUGAUGAUGCAACAACAACCUAGUGUUUUUCAGCCACAACCUUUCCAGCAACCAAUGACUGUCGGUACCGGUUAUAACCAGUUUUCAACACAGCAACAGACAUUUACAAUGCCUACCGUUCAGCCUAUGUACCAACAACAGAAUGCAUUUAUGGUGAAUAUGUGAGAAUUUAUUAUAAACUACAGGACUGGAAAAUGUGCUCUGUACAGCGUGAUUUUGAAUAAAAUUCAAUGAUGACAUAUUCCAAAAUUCUUGCCUAAUGCAUUUUGGAAUUUUCACGACUUAUCGACGAAAAUGCAAUAGAAUAACUAAACCACUUGCUACAUGGAAUACAAGCAUAUUUACCAGUCCUGUCAAAUCUGUAAAAAAUGAAAUGAUGCCUGCCCUACAUAAGGCUGAUAAUAAGCUGUCUAUAUGCUUUUAUUGCUCAGAUUUCCAAUGAGUUUUUUUAUUAUUAUUUCUGAGUAUUAUGUGUAUGUAAUUUUCAUUAUUUCUUUUGAUUUUAAUGUUAAAUCUAAUUUUUCAGAAGCUCUUUUCUUAAAUUUGUUUAUCCAUUGUACACGAAUGCUGGUGCGCAUUUUUUUCUCAAUUACUCAGAGAUGCAAGUUAUUUUGGCAAGUAGUGUGAUGAGUACUCCUAAACUCUUUAACUCGGGUUUGGCGUGUUGCGAACUUCUCAUGCUGAGUUUUAUAUUUGAGUAAUUAAAGGUUGGUUCGAUUUGUGACUGACUACCAUAUAUGUUUGUUGCUGAUUUCUUUUAGUUUUCAGUCAAAUGGCUUCGGAUGGGUUUAAAUUUUGAUCCUUGGAAACACAAUUUUGAGAACUUUUUAAUCAUUGGUGAACUAGAACCAGUAACUAUAUUAAUCCCAAUGAAUUUUUAUCAGUGUAUCUGUGUGAAAGUCAGAAGUGCUUUAAAAACAAAGCGUUUUAUUUUGAGAAAAAUUCAAUUCUGUAAUUCCGAGUUGCUUUUAUCAUGCCUACUAAAAACAGUGGCUUAACUGUCUUUACAAAAAUAAUCAUGCCAAUUCAGCCUAUUUAAUUUUCAUUGCGCCAUCAACGUUGUCACUUUUCAUUCCAGAGAAUCUUGCUAAAAUAAUUUGUAUCUCUGCGUAUUCUUUUUCAUUUUGAGCUUGGUUGUUCUUUCAGUCGAGCGUUUCUCCGCAAAUGUUUUUUAGGGGUUUCUCAAUCAUUGUUAUUUCUAGUAAUUGUGCCUAUUACAUUACGCCAAUUGGUACAGAUAUCUCUGGUAGAUGUCAUGUUUUUGAAUCAUUUCUAUAAAAUUCUAUCAAUUCCUUCUCGACUUUUUGAUAAUCAGUUUCGUUAUAUAAUAUUAACCAUAAUCUGCCAGUGUUUUAGUUUAUAAUAUAAUCAUAGCUUAGAUGAUUUUUGGGAAGUCAUAAUUGGGUUGAUUGUCAAGACAACUAGAAAAAUUUCAAUUUUUGAACAUAAAUAUAAGAUAUGUUUGCGUGCGUAUUCAGUUUGUGAGCAAAACAUCAAAAUCUGGGAUAAAAUUGUUAAAUUGUUAUUUUCGUGCUUUGAGAAGUGUUUGUAAUUAUAAAUUCUGCGAAGCAGGUGCAUUGCUAUUACAAUUUUUCUGCUGUUUAUUUUUGAUUUUUCCUCUGUACCAUAUUAUUAUGAAUUAUCUUUUAAAAUCUGUAUACAUCUAAUAUUUUUCUUUCUUCUAUUGCCAAGAUGUGAAUAUUUUCAUCAACUCAAUAUAUGCUGAGCUAAGCAAUGAAUUUCGGAUUUUAGACAUGAUCGGCAUCUUAUAAGUAGUCGUGUGAAAUGGACCAAAUUUUACAUAGCACUUAUAUUAAAUGUCAACAGGUAGUAAGUACUGUUAUAAUCUACAUCAAGCGCGGUACAAUAAAAUCUUGUUCGUGUUAUGCUAUAAUAUCACAGUAAUUUUCAGCACAUUGGAUAUUUUUUUUCUGCACUUUUCUCAACAAUAAUUAGGUAUAUCGUGUACUUGAACUAAUUUUGCACUUUCUUCAAUGGUUUAGGUAAUAAAAAAAUAUUUGUUGCGAUGUUCACAUACAAUAGGAUUUUAUGUUUCCACAAGGAAAAUCUAUCAUUGCUACACUCAUGUCUAAGUGUCAAUGAAACACGCUUAGGAACUGGUUGUACCAGUUUCAAGUGGAUGAAAAUUAAAAAUCCUUUGUAUUUCUCAUGUUUCAAUUGUAGUGGUACUAACAGUUUAUAUACUCACAUGCUGCUUUCUAUAUUUGUCUAAUUUUAUUCGUUUACUUUCAAUUAUCAAAUUGUAACUUAGAAAAAUAUUUAUCGCUGAUGUUCAGUGGUUCUCAUAUCUUAACAUGGCCCUCCUGCUCAUACAAUAAUUUAUAACUAACUGAUAGAAGCAUAUUGGGUUUAACAGAAAGGUUUGGAUGACUUUUUACACAUAGUUGAGAAAUUUGGUGAUAAGUAGUAGUGCCCCAAGCUGGAUUGCUUUUCCUGUUUGACAAAGUAUUGUUUAGAAUGUUUUUACGCCAAUUUUUUUUAAAUAUUCUCACUGAAUGUUUUGUUUCAAUAGGCCUAGUAUGAAAACUGUCCAACUUAUCAUGUCUGCUACAGUCUCUGUUAUGUAGUUUUGAAGGUAUCCCAACUGAAGGUUUAUUUUCCCAUAGUUUUGAUUGCCUUCAACCAGCUAAUGGUGAUACUCUUAUCUGGAACAAAAAAAUCAAAUGGUGUAGCUAAAUAAUAUAAUUCAAUUAACUUGAAAACUUUAGCCCUUUUUUGAAAAUGUAAAUCCAAUCCAUGUAUAUUUUGUUCACUUUCAUACAAGGUAAAUAAAUGUAAGAAAAACCGUCUUUGUUUAUUACGUUUAUUAAUUUUAUUUGAUUUUUAAUAUUGAGUGCAUAUCAUUUUCAAAUAUGUUUUAGUCGGUGCAUGCUUCAGCGUCACCACUGUAAAGUUUCCUUGUCGCCCAUCAAGUGUUGAUUUCUGUUUAUAGGUCAGAAAGUAACCUGAUUAGAAUGGCAAUAAAACGAUUAAUUAUUGUA